AUGGCUAACAAAAGUGGUCUCACUGGCCGUGCCGCCAAGCUCGAGGGUAUCUUUUAUUCCUUCAUCAAAGGCGACCGCACUAUACAGACCUCACGCGACGCCCAGCACUUCUUUGAGGCAGUUGGCGUCAUAUGCGAGCACAAAUCUGCGGCAGUCUGUAUGGAAUGCAUCCUUGCGAGAAAGGAUGGUCCAAAAACUGUGAGAGAAGCUGUUCGCAGCAAUCUCUCUGCCACGUUCAUCAUGUCUUCGACAGCUACCUUCAUAGCGCAGGUAUGCCAGCCUCAAGUCGAAAUCCUGAAUGACGGCAAUUUUCUUGAGAGAUUGCUGAAGGAAAUCCUCUGUCCUCCGACAUUUUGGACUGCAUUCUUGAGCCUCUAUACAUCCAAUCAGCUCAAAGAUAGCAACCUAUUGGCUUUUGCGUCUCUUUGCUUGGCAAUCGUGUCUUCAUCAUCGCCCGAGAUCAUGGUGCUUUCUCAUGAUGUGGAGUCACUUACUGGAAACCUAUCGCUGGCCAAAUCGCCUUUCGAGGCAGUACGACCUCUUGGUUAUCGCAUCGAGAAAGUUAUUCAAGUCCGAAAACGCUCUGCAUCCGCGUCAGUUCGGUUGGACUACAGCCCUGGUGGCAGACACGACAAUGACUUUGCAGAUUUCCGCCAGAUUUCCAUUUUCCCCACCGCAGACGAAGUUAGUUCAAAAGAGGAUCCCUUUUUACAACGGCUGGAUGAUGUGUUUGAAGUUCCCAGGGAUACCCGUGCAUUGAAUCAUCUUGGCUGGCUUUUCCGUCUCUUACGAGAAGACAUGAUUGCAGAUCUAAAAGAAGAUCUGCAAAUAGCAUGGGGUCAAAGAAAAGCCAAGCGUAGGCCGCUGGCCUUUGGGAUGUUAAAUCUAGCGGGUUACGACAUUGGAGCUGAACGAUCAUCGAAGCCCUUCACGCUGGUACUUCAGUGCCAAGCGGGGAUCAACUUUCCUCGAAACUUACGCAAUAAAGAAGCCAGGAAGCAGUAUCUCGAAGACUCCAGACACAUUGUGAAGCACAACUCUGUCGGUGCUCUUUGCUUAGGCAAAAGUAUCAUUGCCUUUGGCUCCAUCGUACGUGAAAAAGACUGGCUUAUCGAUAUUCCGCCCAAGAUUGGGAUCCAGUUCACCGAUAAUGCUGGAUUAAAGGGAGCGGUCCAGGCACUCAUGGGUCCAGAUUGUCCUGAACUCAAGUUCUACGUCGUUGAUACUGCAACAUUCGCCUACGAACCAAUAUUACAACGCCUAAAAGAAAUCACAGAGAUUCCGAUCGAGAAUGCCAUCCUUGAUCCGUCAGGGCCUCCAUCUCAGUACGAUCCUCCCCCAAAGCUGUACAGUUUCAUCCGAGAACUACAGUCUGCGCUGCAAAGCGGAACAGCAUUCGACUUGAAGAGCAGACUGGGCAUCAAUGUGCAGAUUCGAGAUGCACAGCUCGAAUCGCUGAUUAACGGCCUAGAAAACCCUGUAGGCCAAAUUCAAGGCCCACCAGGAACUGGCAAAUCCUUUAUUGGGGCUAUUAUUGCCUUGGCACUUAUGAAGUUGACGGACUUUCGAAUCCUGGUCCUCAGUUAUACGAACCAUGCUUUGGAUCAAUUUCUUGAAGAUUUGAUGAAGAUAGGCAUUCCGCAGAGCGACAUGGUUCGAAUCGGUUCUAAAGCUUCUACGAAAACAGAAGCAUUACGAAUCGAUAGUCUCGCAAAAGACUCUAAGUUCCGUUUCAGCCUUGAAACUAAAUCAAUGCUCAAUGAUACCAGAACGGAGCAAACGGAAACACGGAUAAUGCUAGAUCGCCUUAUAGAUCAGCUGGCCAAGCCAUAUGUCCAGCCACAAGAAAUAUUGGACAUGUUGGAGUUCUCCGCUUCUGGAAUGAGCUUCUGGGAUGCAUUCCAAGUCCCACUCGGAGAGGAAAUUGUAGGAAAAAACAACAAGCCGCUACGGCCUGUUGACGUCUAUGAUUAUUGGGUUCAGGGAAAGGAACUAUCAUCGCUGGGUAUGCUGGCUGAAAAUAUGAGUGACGAAGCACGAGCAGUCUGGAGAGCCGCGCCAAAGACCCGUUUAGAGUGCCAUAACUCAUGGAAGUGCCAAAUUCAGCGGGAAAGGAUCAAUGAGUUUGCACAGCAAGCAGAAACGGCGAAUAACCAUUACCGGAGGAUAGAGAGCCUCCUCAAAGAAAGCAAGAGAGACAUAGUCAAGAGCAGGAGAAUCAUUGGAUGCACGACCACAGGUGCGGCAAUGUAUCAAUCCAUCAUACGAGCGGCUAAACCGGAUAUCGUUCUUGUCGAAGAAGCUGGUGAAAUUCUAGAGGCACAUGUUAUUACGGCUCUCAGUCCGUCUGUCCAACAACUGAUUCUAAUUGGUGACCAUAAGCAGCUUCGUCCCAAGAUCAACAAUUACAAUCUCUCUGUGGAAAAGGGCGAAGGCUAUGAUCUCAACGUUUCUCUUUUUGAACGCCUUAUCAGACAAGGCCAUCAUUUCACUACUCUCCAAGAGCAACAUCGCAGUCAUCCGGAUAUCUCUCAGUUUUCACGAAUCUUGGCCUACGAAGAGCUCAAGGAUAUGCCAAAAACUCUCAAUCGAGAAAAGUUACGGGGAUUAAAAGAGAGAGUCAUCUUUGUGAACCAUGACCAUCCAGAAGAGCAGCUUGAUAAUGUCAUUGAUCGUCGGGAUCCAAGUUCAAAGGCCAGCAAGAAAAACACGUUUGAAGCCGACAUGGUCUUGAAAACGGUCAAGUAUUUGAGUCAACAAGGCUACCGUUCCGAAAAUAUGGUUGUCUUGACUCCAUACAUGGGCCAGCUUUCGCUCUUAAGACAGAAACUCAGCGAGAUAAAUGAUCCCUACUUGAAUGACCUGGACACUCACGAAUUAGUGCGAGCUGGGCUAAUGACACACGCUGCUGCUAAAACUUCAAAGGGACGACUGCGCUUGUCGACUAUUGAUAACUACCAAGGAGAAGAGAGCGAUAUUGUGAUCAUAUCCUUGGCCAGAAGCAACAAGAGAGGCGACAUCGGUUUCCUCGUUGCUCGUGAGCGACUAGUAGUGCUCUUGUCGCGAGCAAGAAACGGUAUCAUUCUCAUUGGGGAUAUGAAUACAUUCUUGGCUAGCAAGAAGGGCAACGAAAUAUGGACAGUGUACUUUGAUGCGAUGAAAGAAAAAGGGUUCUUAUUCGACGGAUUACCCGUCCACUGCGAGCAACAUCCCGAUCGAUCUGCUCUACUCCAGAAGCCUGAAGACUUUGAUCAGCACUGCCCAGAUGGAGGAUGCUCGCAGCUAUGUGGUGCUUUGCUUGGCUGUGGGAAACAUCCGUGCGAACGCCGAUGUCAUCGCAUGUCAAACCACUCGCAAGUUCCAUGCAUGAAAAUCCUUCAGAAAACUUGCGAACGUGGCCACAAGAUAAAGCAUUUGUGCGGAAAGGAGAACGAAGGCUGCAAGCCCUGUGCAAAAGAAGACGAAGACACUCGACGUAGAGUUAAACGGGACCUUGAGAUGGAGAAGAAGAGGCAGCAACAGCAGGACAAGUAUCGACGGGAGCUGCAGGAGAUAGAUGAUGAAAUCGAUCAUCAUCGGCGCCACAUGAAGUAUACGCAAGAAGAGCAAAAUCAAGAGAAAGAACUUGCGCAGAAGAAGGCUCAGCUACAAAGUCUGAAAGAGACAAAGGCAAGGCUAGAUGCGGCAAAAUCAGCAGACACCAAGCCAGGAAAAUCCAGCAAAAAGCCCCAAGAUAAGAAACCCGCUUCCUCUGAGAGCCUUGGCCCUUCGGCGCUGGAAUGGGAAGACAUGAAGCGCGAUACUGGAGCUAGCAAUGGUGCUCUGGAUGAACUUAUGGAUCUCAUUGGUUUAGAGUCGGUGAAAGGAGAAUUCCUCGCCAAGAAGUCAGAAAUUGAUCUCGCCAUCCGUCAGGAGACGCCCCUAUCUGAUUCAAGGUUCAGUUGUUCCCUUCUUGGAAAUCCCGGGACAGGUAAAACAACAGUGGCCCGUAUAUGGGGUAAAUUUCUUACGAGCCUUGGAGCUAUCGCCGGCGACUGCUUCGAGGAGACAACAGGCUCUAAGCUGGCCAACAUGGGCGUCAAAGGAUGCGAAGAUCUGCUUGAGAAGAUGAAAGACGAAGGCGGAGGAGUCUUUUUCAUCGAUGAAGCUUACCAACUCUCAUCUGGAAACAGUCCUGGCGGUAAGGCAGUCUUGGAUUAUCUGCUUGCGGAAGUGGAAAAUCUCAGAGGAAAAGUCACAUUUGUCCUUGCCGGGUACUCUAAACAGAUGGAGUCGUUCUUUGCACACAACCCAGGAUUCCCCAGUCGAUUUCCUAUUACAAUGAACUUUGAAGACUACUCGGACGAGGAGCUGCAACAAAUCCUCAAGCGUCAGGUGAACCGCACGUAUGCCAACAAUAUGGACGUCGAAGAUGGACUGGAUGGCCUCUAUAUACGCAUUGCUGCCCGCAGAGUUGGACGAAGUAGAGGCAAAGAAGGGUUUGGAAAUGCUCGCGCCAUCGAAAAUGCUCUAGCGAAUAUUAAAAAGAGACAAGCCACCAGAAUUCGCCGUGAGCGCCGAUCCGGCAAUAAUCCAAACGAUUUUUUGUUCACGAAAGAGGAUAUCAUUGGCCCAGAGCCUUCGUUGUCUCUGCGGGAUUGCAAGGCGUGGCAGAAGUUGAACGAGAUGGUUGGGCUGAAAGAAGUCAAAGAACAGGUUAAAAUACUGCUUGACUCUAUAAAAACCAACUAUCAGCGAGAGCUGGACGAAGAGCCUCCUAUACAGUUCACUCUCAAUCGGGUCUUCUUGGGAUCGCCAGGAACAGGCAAAACGACAGUUGCCAAGCUUUACGGACAGAUUCUUGCAACUCUCGGUCUCUUGUCCAACGGAGAGCUAGUAGUCAGGAAUCCGUCAGAUUUCAUCGGUGCUGCUCUAGGAGUAUCAGAGUCCCAGACAAAGGGCAUUCUAGCUGCGACUUUAGGAAAAGUGCUUGUAAUUGACGAAGCAUACGGCUUAUAUGGCGGAAACGGCUCUACUUCUGACCCGUACAAGACGGCUGUUAUAGACACGAUCGUCGCAGAUGUCCAAAACGUGCCUGGCGAUGAUCGCUGCGUCAUUCUAAUAGGCUAUCAAGAGCAGAUGGAAGAAAUGUUCCAAAACGUCAAUCCAGGCCUCAGCCGUCGAUUCUCAGUGGAUAUGCCAUUCGUUUUCGAAGACUUUGAUGAUGACGCUCUCAGACAGGUACUGGAGUUCAAACUGAAAGCUUCCGGCUUUACCACGACUGGAGAAGGCAAGACUGCUGCACUCGAUGUUCUGAUCCGAGAACGCAAUAGAGCUAAUUUUGGAAAUGGUGGCGCGAUUGAGAAUCUGCUAAGCAAGGCCAAAGCGUCUUACCAAAAGCGCCUCUCAGCUGGAAAGCUGAAAAAGAAGAACCAGAUAGAGGCAGAAGAUUUUGACGAAGACUUUGACAGAACGACACGAAAGGACACGAAUGUGCAAGCACUAUUCCAGGAUGAUAUCGGGCGCGAAGAUAUUAUCGAGAAGCUUGAGCACAUCCAGCAGCGAGUUCGAGAGCUGAAAUCUCUCGAGUACGAUGUCAGGGAAGAGAUCCCGUUCAAUUUCCUAUUCCGAGGUCCACCAGGAACAGGCAAGACAACAACCGCACGGAAAAUGGGCAAAGUAUACUACGAUAUGGGCUUUCUUGACAAGGCUGUGGUGGAAGAAUGCUCAGCUACGGACCUGAUAGGUCAAUAUGUCGGCCACACUGGGCCCAAAGUCCAAAAGGUUCUCGAAAAAUCGCUUGGAAGAGUUCUAUUGAUCGAUGAAGCGUACCGGUUCGCUGAAGGCGGAUUCGCCAAAGAGGCCAUUGAUGAGAUCGUGGACUGUGUCACCAAGCCAAAAUAUCAAGGCAAACUCAUCAUUAUCUUGGCGGGCUACGAACACGAUAUAAAUCGACUCCUGUCCGUGAACCCCGGACUUACUAGCCGCUUCCCUGAAACCAUCGAUUUCAAGCCACUCGAGCCAGAUGCUUGUUUCCAGCUGCUUGCCGAUCUCUUGCGAAAGAGAAAGGUAGAGCUCGCAAGCAAGGGCAAAGAUAUGGACAUCAGCUGUUUAGAACGUCCGUCCGACACAUUUCUCGCUAACUCCACAGCUACUAUCAAGACAUUGACCGCUUUAGAAGGCUGGGCUAGCGCAAGAGAUGUGAAACAGCUUGCCAGAAAUGUCUUUCACGCGAUUGAUCUGAAAGCAAAAGCACUCAAAGUGGAGGAGAAGCAGGUUACGCAGGUGCUUGAUCAGAUGCUGAAAGACCGACAAUCUAAGAUGGUCAAAUCUGCUCCUCGAGCACAUUUCGAUGGCAACGCAGCUUCUUCUCACGCGCCAGCAGCCCCAGCUAAUCCAUCUCUGUCAAUUCGCACCAACACGAAUAUCGAAACCCAACAAAAGGCACAAGAAGACGAGGCAUUUGACGCCGAGGAGUCAGAUGAAGGAGCACCCACACCGCCUGAGUCGCCCAAAAGUAGCCACAGCCGCAAAGUUGUACGAGACGCCGGUGUAAGCGACGAAAUCUGGGAGCAGCUCCAGAAAGAUCAAGCAGAAGAAGAGCGAAAGGAAGCAGAGUACCUCAAGCUCAAGGAAGCUGCUCAGAAUCUUGCGACAGGAGAAGCUCGAGAGAAGAUUGUUCGCCAGUUGAUUGAGGAAGAAAAACGACGAGAAGAAGAGGCGAAGAUACGGGAGAAGAUAAUGGCCCUUGGAAGGUGCCCUAUGGGGUAUCAUUGGAUCAAGCAGGCUGAUGGAUACCGUUGCGCGGGAGGGUCACAUUGGCUUUCAAUUGGAGACAUUAAUUCAUAUAUGGGAUAG